CCAUCAUCACCUUUUUAUCUUGCGUGAGUUUUCAUCAUUCAACAAGACCACACAAGAGAAACCCAAAGUUAUUCUGCCUUUUCAGGCAUGUUUUCUACCACAGGAAAGGUUUCCUAAUUUUUUUCACCCCUACCAAAAGAAACUGUAAAAACUAGACACAAUGAGCACACCAUUGUUUGAUAAAUGGAAUGGCCUAUGCAAUAGUAAUGGGGCAUCAUAAAUUGAACCACACUGUGAUUUUAUGAGCAGAAUUAACUCACUCCUUUAUAUAUGUCAGAUCCUUUCUAGAGACGAGAACUGAUACUCCUUCCUAGACACAAUAAAGGAGCGCUAAAAACCACAUUUCUUUUCUCUCUUUACAUUUAUGAUCAGUCCUUUAAUGCAGAACCAGAGUCAGAGCAGACACAUUAAAUAACCCCAUGUAUGUAUAGCUUGAGGUGCCUUCAUCUAAACCUGUUCUCUGUCCUUCCAAGCCUCCAGUGUUGACCACUUGGCACCAUUUGCUUGUAGCUAAGCUUCUCCAUCACCAAUUUGUGAAAAAAACUUGUGUCUAUAUAAGUAGUGGAGAGCAAAAGGUUGGUGCUCACUGGUUUAUCUUCAGGGAUUCUUUUACAUUAUUCUGUGUUUCUAGUUUCUGGGAGUUGAUUUUAGAGGAGGAAAAAAAAUGAGUUAUUUGGGUGUUGGUGUGAGUCCUGGCACUGUUCCAGUGUACCACAACACAAACCUUAAGGUUUGGGAUAGGAAGAUCAGGAUAACUGAGCUGGUGUUGAGGUGUGUCAUCCUUGGUUUGGGAGUUCUUGCAGCUGUUCUUAUAGGGACUGAUUCCCAAGUCAAGGUGUUUUUCACCAUUCAGAAGAAAGCUAAAUUUACAGAUAUGAAGUCUUUAGUGUUCCUGGUAAUUGCAAAUGGGCUAGUUGCUGGCUACUCCUUAAUCCAAGGAAUGCGCUGUGUCGUGAGUAUGAUCAGAGGAAAAGUACUCUUCAGCAAGCCUUUAGCUUGGGCCAUUUUUUCUGGUGAUCAGGUAAUGGCAUAUAUAACAGUGGCUGCAGUGGCGGCCGCUGCGCAAUCUGCUAUGUUUGCAAAGCUUGGCCAACCAGAACUGCAAUGGAUGAAGAUAUGUGACAUGUAUGGCAAAUUCUGCAAUCAAGUUGGAGAAGGGUUAGCUAGUGCAUUCCUGGCUAGUCUUAGUAUGGUGGUCCUGUCAUGUAUCUCUGCUUUCAGCCUCUUCCGCUUGUAUAAUGGCGGUAACAAAAUAAAAAAUCCAAAUUGGUAGGUACUUAGAAACUACCAUGGAUUCAAGUUUUUAAUAAUUGUUCUGCAAUUUACAAGGCUUCUAGUGUAUAUGUAGUAGUGAAUGGUGAUGGUAAUAUGAGAACCCCAGCUAUAUUGUAAUGAUAUAAUGAAUGCUUAAUAAUAGAUGGCACUAAAAUUGAAUGUUGUUUGAUUUAGUUA